AUGAGCUUCAGACAUGCGCUUCAGAAAUACAUUGACAAUCCUUCAGAUCCGUUGGUUCUAUUCCAUGAUAAUGACGUUGUGAUAAUCACGGACGCAUUUCCGAAAUCUUUACGCCACUACUUGAUUCUUCCCCGUCAGAAAAACUUGACGCAUCUCCAUCCACUAGAUGCACUUAGGAACCCACAGACAUAUCAAAUGAUUGAGGGGUAUGUGGAAAAAGCAAAAGAUAUGAUUGUGGAAUCACUUUCAGGCGAGGGUUACAUCAACGACGACCCCAAGGAAAGGGCAAUUUUUAGAAAUACGUUUAUUCGAGCCGGUGUACAUGCUAUCCCAUCCAUGUCCAACUUGCAUGUGCAUGUAAUCACACAGGACUUUUACCUGGCCAGGAUGAAAAACAAAAAACAUUACAACUCGUUCACGACGGCGUUUUUCGUAGAUUUUGAAAAACUAGCAUUGAAUGUCGCCGACGACUAUGAUGGCGAGCAAACAAGCGACUCAUCCGAAAGCAGUUUUGAGAUUUUGGCCCGUAAAGAUCACGAAAGCCACCAUUUCAAUCGGCGAAAAGGAGAUCUAGAAAAAUUGAUCCGGAACAGCUCGCUAACAUGCACAUAUUGCGGGGCACUGUUUGGCCUGAAGUUUGUGCAGCUCAAAGAGCAUCUAGCGACAGAGUUUGACGCAAAAUUUGGUCGAAGCGAUUAG